UUGUGCGUAUUGGACACAACUUGGUGUGCCGUGUUUUUGUUCCCGUCACUAGGAGUAGGUGUGAAUUGAGUUGAUACGGUAUCGUUUAAGGCAUAGCAGAGGAUCUAACCCCCUCACUAGAAUAAUACUUCCUUCUUCAUCAGUUCAUCCUAAUACUAAUACUACUUCAUUCUCCGUCACCACUCAACCACCAACUUUCAUAUAAAAAAAUGACGGCUUUUGGUGCUACGCAAUCUCUUAUGAAUACAAUAGAAGAUAUUCUCCGUUGCUCGCGUUAUAGCCUUGUUGGUCACUCUCAACAAAUCAUACAAGUCGUGCACAACGAGUUGCAGCCUUGGCACGAAAUUCUGAAAAGACUGGACAACACGAGCUCAAGCCGGAGCAGGAAGAAGGUGAAUGCUUUGGAUGGGAAAAUAAAAGAGGCAGUAUGGAAAUUCGAAGACUUGUUGGAAUCCUUUCUCAUACAACAGAUUCCUUCUCAACUCGAAACUCUUCCGGAGAUAGUCUCCAUUGAUCUCCAGAGUCUGCAACACGAUGUUCAUUCAUUGUUCGAAACGCUCAAGGAUAUGGAGAAGGACUACAUAUAUGAAGUAGAGACUAUGCCUCAAGACGAACCCAUUUCCUCAUCAAUAGGUUUCCAUGGACCCAACUCAAAGAUGAUUGGAUUAUCCGACCAAUUCCAACGACUCAAAUACGAUCUUAUCAGAGAAAAUGGUGACCGGAUUCUUUUCCACUGUAUAAUUGGAACGGCAGGAGUUGGGAAGACAACUCUUGCUAGGCAAAUUUAUCAAGAUCCCGAAAUUCAUAGCAAGUUUGAGUGUCAAGCGUGGGUGACCGUAGGCCGAGUACCUCAGCCGUUGAGUCAAAUUUUCCAAGGCAUUCUUGCUCAACUGUGUGGAAUUGGAAUCACUCAAGGAGACGAAGAAAUAGACUACAUUUUGAAAGAAAGAUUGGAUGGCAAGAAUUGCCUCAUUGUGUUGGAUGAUAUCUGGGACAAUGGUGUAUGGAGUAGCAUGCCUUUCUUUAAACACAUCCAGAAUGGAUGUAUUCGUGUCUUAGUUACCAGCCGACGUCGAAAAUUGAUGGAUGCUAGUAUUAGUCGGAGGGAUGAGGUGCGGUUUCUCAAUGAAGAAGAAAGCAUGGAACUACUAUGUGAGAAGGUGUUUGGUGAUGAGAUUUGCCCUCCUCAACUUCACAAAGCUGCUGUCAAAAUUGCCAAGCAUUGUGAAGGUCUCCCUCUCUUGAUUGUCACUGUUGCUGCCAUCAUUGCAAUAUCCAACCAUAAAAGAGACCUGGUCUACUGGAAUGACAUGGCAAAAGGGAGAAAUUCAGUCUUCAGGGAUGCAUAUAAUGAAAUAUCAAAGGUACUUUUCCCAAGUUACAACUACUUACCUCAAGAGCUUAAAAUGAUUUUUUUGUUUAUGGGAGUUUUCCCUCGAGAUUGCCACACUCCCCCUUCCAAGAUCACCAUCAUGCUCAUGGCGGAGGGGUUGCUUCCCAGGUAUGGUUGGGGAAAUUUAUAUCUGAAUGAGCUAGCUCACGGCUACAGCCUUGCUUUACACACUGUGAAGAGCGCUGAAAAAACUUUUACCGAGCAUCUAGUUACUGGGUUUAAAACUUGUUGGCUUCAUUCUUCAUGGCGGCACGUGUGUAGAAAAGAAGCUAGUAAGAACAAGUUUUAUCAUGUCUUAAAAAAGUUAACUGAUGCCGAAGAAGAAGUUUUAAAAGGUCAGCGCGGCUUAUGUGUAGAAAAUAACAUCUUAUUUGGCAUUAAAGACUUUCAUGACUCGGUGAGAUUGAACUGUGCAUCUUUUGCACGUUCUCUCCUUUGUUAUGGAGAUUACCACCAAUAUCCAAUACAUAUAGAUGCCGGUUUCAUGUUGCUAAGGGAAAUAGAUGCUCUUACACAACGUUUCUAUACUUUCCCAAUAGAAAUUCUAACCCUAGUCCAACUAAAGUACCUUGCUCUAACUUGCAAUGGAGAAGUCCCAGCAACCAUAUCUAAACUUUUCAACCUUCAAGUCUUGAUUAUCCAUCCACAUAUGAAAAUUAGACGUUGUGGAGCUCCAUCUUAUGUACCAAUACAGGUGUGGGACAUGCAAAAGUUAAAGCAUAUCGAGAUAUUGGGAAAAAUCCUUGUAGCUCCAUCUCAUGAUGUUUCAUUGAAAAAGCUCUCAACUCUUGUGGGGGUGAAUGCUAGUAUUUGUACUAUCUUUGAACUAUCCCAAAGAAUUCCUAACAUAAAGAAAUUAGGAAUACAGAUUGAGCUCACCCCUUAUGAGGAUCAUAGCGAUCUUUUGAGUUGCUUUGGUUGCAUUUCAACACUUAAAAGGUUAGAGACUCUCAAACUCAGUAUCACAAAUCCAGUCAUCAAGAAAAGUCAUGAUUUCCCGAUGACUGAUGGGGCAUUGAAGUUGCCAUGUAAUUUGAAAAAGUUACAUUUGAGUGGUAUGGGUUUUCCAUGGAAAUACAUGGAUGACAUUGCUUCUUUGCCAAAUCUUAAAGCUCUCAAAUUGCGAUCCUACGCGUUUCAGGGUUCACACUGGAAUACAAAGGAGUGUUGUUUUCCGAGUCUUAAGUUUCUUCUAAUUGAAGAAAGUGAUUUGGUACAGUGGAAAUCAAGAUACGGAAGCUUUCCCACGCUUAUAAACCUAAUCAUGAAAUAUUGCUACAAACUUGCUGAUAUCCGCAUACCUUCUACUUUUAACCACCAUCACCUAGAGGUUGAAUUAGAGGACUGCAAUCCUCUAGCUAUGACUUGGGCCAGACAACUAAAACCAAGUUAUUGGUUUAAUGUUACUGUUACUAUCACUUCUUCUUUUGAUAAGAAACCGACAACUAUCACAUAUGAAAGGUGUGGAAGUCGAUCUAUGUCCAAUAAUGAGGCUACGGAUGAAGAGAAUGCUGAGAUAUAUUCGCCCCAUUAUGGGAUUACAGAGGGCGGUUAUCAAGGAGAGGAUGACGAAGGCAAUGGCGCAGCUGAGGAAGUUGACAAAGAUACAUAUAUUCAUAAGCAUACAAGGAUGAUCACCAACGUCAAACAGCAUGCAAGGACGCAGAUGACGAAAAUGACGACGGGUGUACAGAUGAUCACGAGGAAUAUGAGGAGGAGAGUGAAGACGAAUAUACUUAAGAUCAUGAGGAAACAAAGGCGAGCGCUAAAGUAAAGGAGCAUGAGAACUCUUUGAGGCUUUGAAUUUGCUGGUACAGAGUGACACACAUUCUAAUAAAGGGGUAUCAACCAGCGGAUUCAGUGACUAGUCCCCCGCUGAUUUGUAGGCACCUCAAUGAGUGAGACAUUGUUUCUCUCCUGUACUCUAUUAUUUGCACUUUAACCUUUAGACAUCAAUUUCUUAAAUCGUGUAUCCAAAAAACAUGAUUCAACUAUAUUGUGACGAAAGGAAUACCAAAUACCUUUAAAAUUGUUUGUUU